UUUAGUUUCCGGUGCAACAACCAUUACUAAUUAUAUCUGUGUUUUUUUGGAAUAAUUUACAGGAACAACAAGAUGGAUAAGAAAGGAGAGAAGAAACAGAAGGAACCAAGGUUUGCUUUCAUGACAAAGAGUGAAGUUGAUCAACUAGAAGAUGGAUAUAGAUGGAGAAAAUAUGGACAAAAUGCUGUUGAGAAUAGUCCAUACCCUAGGAGCUAUUAUAGGUGUACAACACAGAAGUGUACAGUGAAAAAACGCGUAGAAAGAUCAUACGAAGACCCAACAACUGUGAUAACAACAUAUGAAGGUCAGCAUAAUCAUCAUGUCCCCACUUCUCUACGAGGCAAUGCGGCUGCAAUGUUCACACCUUCUUUGCUAUCUGCACCUACCCCUUUUUCAUAUGGAUCAAACUUCCCUCAAGAUUUUCUUCUCCAUAUGCACCACCAUCAUAACAACAACACCUUCAAUCUCAGUUCUCAACCAAGUAGUGCUAAUUCUGCUUCUGUUGCUGGUUCUAUUUACUCUCACAACAACAAUGUUAGCAACUCUCUUCUUCAUCAGUAUCAACAACAGCUUGUUCUUGAUCAAUAUGGAUUGCUUUGUUGUUUAGAGUGCAAUAGAUACUUUAACCCAACACAAAUAGUGCAAACAAUUUCAUAA